CAAGGUCACGUCCUGCCCCCCCCCCCCCGGCCUUUCGUUCCCUUCUCCCCACGCAACACACACCAAAGACGCAAUUUGAGAAAAUUCUACCGCAAAAUAGUUUUUUAAAGUCUCUGUGUUUUGUGGCUUGGAGUUUAUGUGAAACUUCCGCAGUGUUUGCUAGACAGCCUUUCGCCAGCGAGCCUAGAGUGGGCCUACAACUCCCAGGCAGCUCCGCGCGCCAAGCGGACUGCAAGUCCCAUGAGGCAGCGCGGCCAGAGGGAACUGUCCGCGGUGGUGCCCGUAGGACCCCGGGGCAGGCGCGGGCUGCCCAGCGCGGCGCCUGAAGGACCCCGGCGGCUACCCAUGCCGAGGUGAGUCCGCGGGAGCCGCCGCCGCCGCAGCCGCCGCUGUCCCGUCCCCGCCGCCGCCCCGCGCGGCCCCGCCGCCGGCCAGGAUGCUGGAGGAAGCAGGCGAGGUGCUGGAGAACAUGCUGAAGGCGUCGUGCCUGCCGCUGGGCUUCAUCGUCUUCCUGCCCGCCGUGCUGCUGCUGGUGGCGCCGCCGCUGCCCGCGGCCGACGCGGCGCACGAGUUCACGGUGUACCGCAUGCAGCAGUACGACCUGCAGGGCCAGCCCUACGGCACGCGCAACGCGGUGCUCAACACGGAGGCGCGCACGAUGGACGCGGACGUGCUGAGCCGCCGCUGCGUCCUCAUGCGGCUGCUGGACUUCUCCUACGAGCAGUACCAGAAGGCGCUGCGGCAGUCGGCGGGCGCCGUGGUCAUCAUCCUGCCGCGGGCCGUGGCAGCCGUGCCCCAGGACGUCGUCCGGCAAUUCAUGGAGAUCGAGCCUGAGAUGCUGGCGAUGGAGACCAUCGUCCCCGUGUACUUUGCCGUGGAAGACGAGGCCCUACUCUCCAUCUACGAGCAGACCCAGGCCGCCUCUGCCUCCCAGGGCUCCGCCUCUGCCGCUGAGGUGCUGCUGCACACGGCCACCGCCAACGGCUUCCAGAUGGUCACCAGCGGCGUCCAGAGCAAGGCCGUGAGCGACUGGCUCAUCACCAGCGUGGAGGGCCGGCUGACGGGGCUGGGCGGAGAGGACCUUCCCACAAUCGUCAUCGUCGCCCACUACGACGCCUUCGGCGUGGCCCCGUGGCUGUCGCUGGGUGCGGACUCCAACGGGAGCGGCAUCUCCGUGCUGCUGGAGCUGGCGCGCCUCUUCUCUCGGCUCUACACCUACAAGCGCACGCACGCCGCGUACAACCUCCUGUUCUUUGCUUCUGGAGGGGGCAAGUUCAACUACCAGGGGACCAAGCGCUGGCUGGAGGACAACCUGGACCACACAGACUCCAGCCUGCUCCAGGACAACGUGGCCUUCGUGCUGUGCCUGGACACGCUGGGCCGCGGGAACAGCCUGCACCUGCACGUGUCCAAGCCGCCGCGCGAGGGCACCCUGCAGCACGCCUUCCUGCGCGAGCUCCAGACGGUGGCCGAGCACCAGUUCCCCGAGGUGCGCUUCUCCAUGGUGCACAAGAAGAUCAACCUGGCAGAGGACGUGCUGGCCUGGGAGCACGAGCGCUUCGCCAUCCGCCGGCUGCCCGCCUUCACCCUGUCCCACCUGCAGAGCCACCGCGACGGCCAGCGCAGCAGCAUCAUGGACGUGCGGUCCCGGGUGGAUUCUGAAACCCUGACCCGCAACACGAGGAUUGUUGCGGAAGCCCUGACGCGCGUCAUCUACAACCUGUCGGAGAAGGGGACCCCCCCGGACAUGCCGGUGUUCACGGAGCAGAUGCAGAUCCAGCAGGAGCAGCUGGACUCGGUCAUGGACUGGCUGACCAACCAGCCCCGGGCGGCCCAGCUGGUGGACAAAGACAGCACGUUCCUGAGCACGCUGGAGCACUACCUGAGCCGCUACCUGAAGGACGUGCGGCAGCACCACGUGAAGGCGGACAAGCGGGACCCGGAGUUCGUCUUCUACGACCAGCUGAAGCAGGUGAUGAACGCGUACAGGGUCAAGCCGGCCAUCUUCGACCUGCUCCUGGCCGUGUGCAUUGGCGCCUACCUCGGGAUGGCCUACACGGCCGUGCAGCACUUCAGCCUCCUCUACAAGACGGUUCAGAGGCUGCUCGUGAAGGCCAAGACGCAGUGACGCCCCGCGGCCCCCGCUGCCUGCCUGCGCCCUCCUCGCCACCCGCCCGCCGGCCACGCACGAGUGAGUGGACACCCCUGCCUACGCCGCCCGGCGGGAGGGGCCACGCGCCUCGCGGGAGAAACGCAAUUGCAGGGCCCCUGUGGCUCUGCGGGACUUGGGGGUCUGUCUUUUUCUCUUGUCUUCGAACUUCCUUGGAGAACUUGCUCGAGGUCCCGGGGCCAGGCCACGGAUUGGGGACGAGCCGGGCCUCGCUCCAUGUGAGCGAACGUGCACCGCUGCAGAGGACACGCCAGACACGCCCCUCCUGCCACGGCAACGACACGGGUUGGCCUCGGACCUGCCCUCCCCGGCUCUGCGCGCCCGGUGACCCUGUGGCUUGGACGUGGCUGCCUGUCUCUCUGCUGUCUGGUCCGAGGGGCGGCGCCAGCCUCCGGUUCCGGAUCUCGGCCACACCCGCGCCUCCCACCUCUCCGACCACGGAGGAGCGUGGUGGUGACUGUCUCGGAGCCUCUGUCCCUCCCUGUGGGCCUCGCCUGUCCCGUGAGGCACCAGGUGGCUGCACGCAGGCUGUGUCCUCCCCACCCCGUGCGGGAUCCCCCAGCUGCCUGUGAGCUAGUUCCCGGCGUGUCCCGUGCCCGCCACGCUUCCCCGUGACCGGCCUGCCUGUCUUCCCGGCGGAUCCGGGUCCAACGGCGGCGCUGGGCGAGCCGGAGCACUCAGGCGCCCCGGGGGAGAGAGGAGGCUCCUGCCCCUCCUCACACUCGCUCCCUGCGCUGGCCUCGGGCUCCUGGCCCUGCAGAGGGUCAUGUGUUCUAGGGGGCUGGCGCCUCCUGUGAUCCUCGUGGCCCCUGGGAGCUGUUGACUGAGCCCCUAACCUUGGAAGCAGGCACCGCGGGGCGCGAGCCCUCCGGGGGGCUGGGGGAGGAGGCCGGAGCUGACCUCAGGGAGACCAAGGUGUGUCUGUUCAUUAGCAAUAUAACCUGUGACGUGUUUGCCAAGGGGGGCUCUAGGGGCUGCGGAAGCCUGUGGGCCCCGCCCGGCCGCCGGAGCCAUUUGAUCCCGGGCCGUGGCCCCGUCAGAGCCGGGGAGUCCGCCGGGCAGGGCCUGGGGAUCUGUCACUCCGGCCCCCAGUUCCUUGGCCCGGCACCCUGGGGGCCUGUGGCUUGGAGGGGUGAGAGGACUGCCUCCCCACACCUGCCCAGCCGGCAGGGGACCCGUCCUCCACGGUGCCCGGCACCCGCCUCCCCCAGAAACUGCACCCCGUUCGCCCCGUCGCCGCUGGCACGUGUGCUCCAGACGCCGACUCAGGCCGCCGCCUCCGUGUCACCGUGGGGACGGGACGCACUCGAGUGCCACCGGGGCUUCUGUCUGGGUGUCCCUAGGCUGCCCGGGCAGGCGAUCGGGCCGUCCGAGCUCAGGCUGCUGUGGGACGGCAGCCGGCCAGUGAGAAAAUAAAGCCAUAUUGAAUGACCGUCA